UGAAUUUUCAGAAAGUGAGGCGACUGGCCUCGACGUCCGCCCAACGUCCCUUAAAUACCCCUCAGGCCACUUCCGCUUCGCUCGCCUGUGCCCUCUCCCCUCUCCCUCCAUCUUCCCAUCUCCUCCAGUGCAGACUCGUCCAAAAUGUCUUCGAAAGCCAUUCGUGAAUAUGAUGCUAAGCUCCUCCUCGCGUACUGGUUAGAGCGCGCUCCUGCGGUCGACUCCAACGCCCAGGUUGCGACUCCGUUCGUCUACCCUUCCCCCAAAGUCGCUCAGAUUUCCUGGGAUUCCGCUACCAACGCGAUCACCCCCGACACCCAGCUGCCCAGCUGGGUCUUCACGACGAAGCUUGUCGCGAAACCUGACCAACUGAUCAAGCGUCGUGGAAAGGCCGGUCUUCUCGCUCUCAACAAGGACUGGGAAGAGGCGAAGGAGUGGAUCCGGCAGCGCGCGGGCAAGCCGCAGAAGGUCGAGUCCGUGACUGGCACACUCAACAACUUCAUUGUCGAGCCCUUCCUCCCUCACCCCUCUGAUGCCGAAUAUUACGUCUGCAUAAACUCCGAGCGCGAAGGCGACUAUAUCCUCUUCACCCACGAGGGUGGUGUCGAUAUCGGCGAUGUUGAUGCUAAGGCUCUCAAGCUGAGCCUCCCCGUCAACGCGCCAUUCCCGUCGCGUCAGACAAUCGCCGACACCCUUCUGAAACACGUCCCUGCGGCCAAGAAGGAGACUCUUGUCGACUUCCUCAUCCGCCUUUACUCUGUCUACGUCGACCUGCACUUUGCGUACCUCGAGAUCAACCCCCUCGUCGUCCUCGAUGGCGUCAACGGCGGCCAGCCCACCAUCCACUACCUCGACAUGGCUGCAAAGCUUGACCAGACUGCCGAAUCGAUCUGCGGACCUAAGUGGGCCAUUGCCCGUGAUCUGUCCGUCUACGAGUCCGGUUCCCAGGCGGUCACAUCUAAGGGCAAGGCUGUCUCUGCUGAUCGUGGCCCUCCCAUGGUUUGGCCUGCGCCUUUUGGCCGCGACCUUACGAAGGAGGAGGCGUACAUCCAGAAGCUCGAUGCUUCGACGGGUGCAUCGCUCAAGCUUACCGUCCUUAACGCCGAGGGUCGUAUUUGGACCAUGGUUGCUGGUGGUGGCGCUUCGGUCGUCUACUCCGAUGCUAUCGCUGCCCAUGGCUUCGCUCAUGAGCUCGCCAACUACGGCGAGUACUCCGGUGCUCCCUCCGAGGGACAGACUUAUGAGUAUGCUAAGACCAUUCUCGAUCUCCUGACCCGUGGCACUCCUCGCCCCGAUGGCAAGAUUCUCAUCAUUGGUGGUGGAAUCGCCAACUUCACAAACGUCGCCGCCACCUUCAAGGGUAUCAUCCGUGCCUUGAAGGAGUUCAAGGCCCCCCUCAUCGCGCACAAGGUCAAGAUUUACGUCCGUCGUGGUGGCCCCAACUACCAGGAGGGUCUCAAGGCAAUGCGUCUCCUUGGCGAGUCGCUCGGCGUCCCCAUCAAGGUCUACGGCCCUGAUACUCACAUCACCGCGAUCGUUCCUCUUGCCCUGGGUGUGACAACCAAGCAGUCGAACCUCCACUCCAUCGCGCCCACCCCUAUCAGCCCGCCUUCCCCCAAGGGUGCCGCCUCUGGCAAGGACAUCGAGCCUGAGCCCACCGUCGGCACCAUCCACCCCGAUGGCGAGCGCACCCAGCCUCAGGACCAGAUUGUCAACUUCGACAAGAAGACUGGCGUUCACCACUCCCGCCCCUCGUACCGCCCCUUCGAUGCGCAGACCCGCUCGUUCGUGUAUGGCCUCCAGCCUCGUGCGAUCCAGGGCAUGCUCGACUUCGACUACUCGUGUGGGCGCGAGACGCCCAGUGUCGCGGCGAUGAUCUACCCCUUCGGCGGCCACCACAUCCAGAAGUUCUACUGGGGCACCAAGGAGACGCUCCUCCCCGUCUACACCAGCGUCGCAGAGGCGGUCAAGAAGCACCCCGACGUCGACGUCGUCGUCAACUUCGCCUCGUCGCGCUCCGUCUACUCGAGUACGCUCGAGAUUUUCGAGUUCCCCCAGAUCAAGAGCAUCGCGCUUAUCGCUGAGGGAGUCCCUGAGAGGCACGCACGCGAGAUCCUCCACCUUGCGAAGCAGAAGGGCGUCCUCAUCAUCGGUCCUGCGACCGUCGGUGGCAUCAAGCCUGGCUGCUUCAGGAUCGGUAACUCUGGAGGUAUGAUGGACAACAUCAUCGCCUCCAAGCUCUACCGCCCUGGCUCCGUUGGCUACGUCUCGAAGUCUGGUGGUAUGUCGAACGAGCUCAACAACAUCCUCUCCCUCACUACCAAUGGUACCUACGAGGGUAUCGCCAUCGGCGGUGACCGCUACCCCGGCUCGACCUUUAUCGAUCACUUGCUUCGCUACGAGCAGGACCCCGAGUGCAAGCUCCUCGUUCUCCUCGGUGAGGUCGGUGGUAUCGAGGAGUACCGCGUUAUCGAGGCCGUCAAGAAGGGCAUCAUCAAGAAGCCCAUCAUCGCCUGGGCGAUCGGCACCUGCGCCAAGAUGUUCACGACCGAGGUGCAGUUCGGCCACGCCGGCUCGCUCGCGAACUCGGACAUCGAGACCGCGGACGCGAAGAACACGGCCAUGCGCGCUGCGGGCUUCAUCGUGCCCGACACGUUUGAGGACCUGCCCGAGGUGCUCAAGCAGACGUACGAGCGCCUCGUCGCGGGCGGGACGAUCAAGCCCCAGCCGGAGCGCGAGCCGCCUGUGAUCCCGAUGGACUACAAGUGGGCGCAGGAGCUCGGCCUCAUCCGCAAGCCUGCCGCGUUCAUCUCGACGAUCUCGGACGAGCGCGGGCAGGAGCUGUUGUAUGCGGGCAUGCGCAUCUCGGACGUGUUCAAGGAGGACAUCGGCGUUGGGGGCGUCGUCAGCUUGCUCUGGUUCAAGCGCCGGCUGCCGUCGUGGGCGACCAAGUUCAUCGAGAUGGUGCUCAUGCUUACUGCUGACCAUGGCCCGGCGGUGUCUGGCGCUAUGAACACGAUUGUCGCGACUCGUGCGGGCAAGGACCUCAUCUCCUCGCUUGCGUCUGGUCUCCUCACGAUCGGGUCCCGCUUCGGUGGUGCGCUUGACGAGGCUGCGAGCAUGUUCUCGAAUGCUCGUGACACCGGUCUUACCCCUCGCGAGUUCGUCGACACCUGCAGGAAGCAGAACAAGCUCAUCAGUGGUAUUGGCCACAAGAUCAAGAGCGUCAACAACCCCGAUCUCCGAGUGGAGCUCGUCAAGGAGUAUGUGCGCAAGCACUUCCCGAGCCACAGCCUGCUCGACUACGCGCUCGCGGUCGAGAAGGUUACGACGUCCAAGAAGGACACGCUCAUUCUCAACGUCGACGGAUGCAUCGCUGUCUCCUUCGUCGACCUUCUCCGCGACUCGGGCGCAUUCACCCCGGAGGAGGCGGAUGAGUACAUCAAGAUUGGCACUCUUAACGGCCUCUUCGUCCUUGGGCGCAGCAUCGGCUUCAUCGGCCACCACCUCGACCAGAAGCGUCUCCGCGCGCCGCUCUACCGCCACCCCGCGGACGACAUCUUCAUCAACAUGGCGGACGUGUCGCAGCCGCGCGUGCUCGGCAAGAUGGCGUAGACGUCCCGACGUUGUCUGCUUUUCCGUGCUUGUUGGUUGUUGUGCUUCCAGCGGAUUGAUUGUUGUGGGGGAUACUAGAGAGGGGAAAGAAGUGCUCAUUCCUCGAUUCAUCUGAUACGACGAUUACAUACGACAUACCAAACGACCAUCGCCACCCAUUCAUCGCUCACUACCGGCUCUCGUUGUACUAGCGUUUGAUUAGUUUGUGAAAUAUAAUGCCACUAUAGAUCUCUUUACCUUCG